UUCGCGCGCGCACACCACGUACACAUAGCACCCCCCAUCCCUUUCGUUCCCUACCAGCACUACGCUACGCCCCCCACUGCCAUAUAGCCGUAUACGACGCUCGCUUGCCUGGCCGUCUUGAUCUCUCACUUCCUCGCCCCCGAUAAGUGAGCAAGCGGCAAGAACCAGCAGGCAACCACACAGUCGCAGCAGCAGCAGCAGCGGCGGCGCGCCCAUGUCGUCGGGAGACUUCCACUACCACGACGAGCUGGCGGCGCUGUUCGCGCAGCGGCCGGCGCCGGCGGGAGAGAUGACGAUGGCGCUGCAGCAACAGGCGCCGGCGGCGUCGUGGUUCGCGGACUACCUGCACGCGGGCGCCCCCGGCAUGGGGAUGGACAUGGACUACGACCUGCUGUGCCGCGCGCUGGACCUGCCGGUGCCGGGGGACGAGGACGGCGUCGUCAAGCGCGAGCUGCUGCUGGUGGCGGACACGGGCGGGGGAGGCGGAGGCUUCGCGGCGCCGCUCACGCCCAACACGACGUCGUCCAUGUCCUCCUCGUCCAGCGAGGCGGCGGGCGCCGCCGCCGGAGGAGGAGGCGGUGGGAGCUUUGGCGCUGCGGAGGAGGAAUCGCAGUCGCUGGGGAGGUGCAAGAAGGAGGACGACGGGGAUGGGGAGGAGAGCAAGGACAAGGAGGCGAUGAAGGGGGAGGAGGACGACGCGGACACGGGCAAGAAAGGGUCAGCGGCGGGGAAGGGCAAGGGCAAGGGCGAGAAGCGGCAGCGGCAGCCGCGGAUCGCGUUCAUGACCAAGAGCGAGGUCGACCACCUCGAGGACGGCUACCGGUGGCGCAAGUACGGCCAGAAGGCCGUCAAGAACAGCCCAUACCCCAGGAGCUACUACCGGUGCACGACGCAGAGGUGCCCCGUGAAGAAGCGGGUGGAGCGGUCGCACCAGGACCCGGCGGUGGUGAUCACCACGUACGAAGGCAAGCACACGCACCCCAUCCCGUCCACGCUCCGUGGCAGCAGCACCCACCUCCUCGCCGCGCAGCUGCACCACCACCACCACCACAACAUCGUCGGCGCCUUCCCGCCGCCGCCGCCACCCCCGCAGACGAUGUGCUUGCCGUUCGUCGGGCGGACAGGCGACGGCGGCGGCGUCAUCGACAUGCUGGGUCUCUGCCUGCCUCCGCGCAACCACGCCGCCGUGCCGCCGGCGGCGACAGGCCUCGCGCCGUCCCCCUGCUGCAUGAGCGGUCCGGUGGGCACGGUGGCAGGCGCGACGACGACGACGGCGCCCACCACCACCACCGUCACCACGACCACUACCUCGUCGCCUCCUCCUCCUCCCUCGCUCCAGACGAUGCAGCACUUUAUGGCGCAGGACGACUUCGGGCUUCUACAGGACAUGCUGCCGUCGUCAUCGUCGUCGUUGUCCUUCGUCGUCCACAGCAACGGCAGCAACGUCCAGCUGCCCUGAAUUCGAUCAGCUAAUAGUCGUCGUCACCAGUCACCACCACCACAAGCGAUCGAGCUAAUGAGGAAGGAAGCUAGCAGAGAUAAGAGAUGAUAGUACUUAGUUUGGUCCUUGUUAAUGCUUGACCUCUCUUUAAUCUUUCGUUUUUUUUUUC